UGCUCGUGCAGGGAGCGUGUCAGUGUUCACUUCACCUCACACAUGUAACGUGGCAGCCAGAGAUGGCAAAGCUCCUCAACAAGUGAAGCGUGUUGUCUUCAGUUCCCCGAGGAAUCGCAGCAUGGUGGCGGUGAGCGCGGAGAGCCCCGUGGAUCAGUACCGGACGCUGGCGUACGACACCGCGCUCAGUACUUUACUCGCUGUGCUGGUGUACGCGGUGGUGAAGGUGAGCCUGGACGGGAUCCGCCAGUGGCGGGCUCGGAUCUCGGUUCUGAUCGUGGGCUCGGGUCCGAUCGGGCUGACCGCGGCUCUGGUCGCUGUCCGCUCCGGUAAGGUGCUGAAACUGACUCUUCUGGAUGAGCGCUACCGGAGCGCGCUGCUCUGCAGACCGCAGCAGAUCGCGCUGGACCCCCGCAGCGUGCGCUUCCUCCUGGACCUGGGGGUGGAUUUUGACAACAUGGAAGGCUGCUGGCACAACGAGCACUUCUUCACCAAGAUCGGAGUGUUUCAGGAGUAUUUGUUGAGCAUCCUGGAGCAGAAGAAGAAAAAGGUGGACGUGAAAGUCCAAUUGGGUACAAAGUUUAGUGAGGAGUACCUGAGGAAGAUGCCGAGGGGUGAAUGGCCGCGGGUGAUUGUAGUUGCUGACGGUUCGUGUGGAGACUCCUGCUCUGUGCUGGGCAUCAGCUCUGAUUACAUCGUGGAAUCAUGUCGUGCUUAUGGCGCCAAUGCUACUAUAGAAAGACCGGACCAGAGGCAGGUCCCUACACCAGAGAUCCGUGCACAUAGUUUGUAUUUUGAUCUGUCGGCAUACGGGAUCGACACUGUGAAGGAAUCACGCAGCUCCUCUCAGCCGGCAGCGAAGCCUGGAUUCCACCUGAAGAUCUACGGGACGUUCAGGAACCGCUGCAUGGCUCUGGCCUGCACUUCAGACGCAGACUCCAAAAUGAUGCAUUUCCUGCGCCACACGGCCAACUCUUCAAUCAUGAAGAACAUCUUCCACCAGUCGUUCAACGCGUAUAAGACCGACAUCGAGCCGCGUCUGAGUGAGCUCACGCUGCACCACAUGCAGUGCAGCCGCAAGCUGUUCCAGAUCAUGCUGUCCUACAGACGCGUCAGCGCCGCUUACAUCGAGGGAGACGACGUCGCCGUGACUGUGGAAGGAGAAGCUGCACGAGUGCUCAACUUCGACACUGGUUGUGGUGUGAAUCUGGGCAUGAGAGGACUGGAGUCUCUGGGAAUGUUCAUCUACAGAACGGCCACAGCACUGGACCAGAACGACGUGUUCGAGGCGCUCUCGGCCAAAAUCCAGCACUCCAGACACGUGGCAGAGACGUUCAGGAAGAGCGGACUGGCCUCGGCUGUGUUUGAAUGACCCUGAGCGUGUGUGUGUGUGUGUGUGUUCUGAGGUGAGUCAUAAACUGUAACACGUAAUGCUUACAGAAUCAGGAUCUGUUUUUGGAAUGUUGAAUAUUCAGUGCACCUUAGAGUUACCGACGUUUGUACAUUAGCAUUUAAUUUGUGAGGGAAAACGUUCAUUGGUGUAAUGUGAGUGUAAAAUUGGUACAUUGUGUUUUUGAGUAGUUUAAACAUCUUGACAAGCCACUGCAUUACAUAAUAAAAUAUCAAAGCAAGUGCAAGUGUCACUAAUCAGUACAGUGUUAGCCUUAAAGGAACAGUGCACCCCAAAAUGACAAUUUGUUUUAGCAUCAGUUUAGUGUCAGGAAGUGUUUCUCAUAGAUCCUCACUGUCUGUGAAUGGACACAUCUGUUCAGAUGAUAAAACCUGUUGAUGUACAGUAUAUCUCGCUCUUACUCAUCAGAGUCUGCUAUAGGACACACAAGUCAGACAUACGUUGCUGCACUAUACUAGCAAAAACUACGAUUUUCAGCAUGUUUCUGUGAAUCACUAACAGACAGCAUCACCGGAAAGAAAUUAAUCAACAAUCAAAUAAAAAUGAACGACUCGUCAGAUCAAUAGAAGUGAAGUGCCUGGCAGAACUACAUUCGGUUCAUAUUACAUAGAAACCUGAAGAUGUGUAUUUAUUUUGUGAUAUUUGUUAAUAAAAUAAAGUGUUUGCAUUCUAA